GCUUGCGAUUCUGACGAUGCGACGUCGUUGUUCUUACGUCACCCCCACUGAGGGACCUAGCGAUGUCGGCCCCAUCAAUCUCUUAUCAGAUCGCAGCGUCCUGACAUCAUCACCAUUUCAGAUUCUCGCUUCUUUCACCAACCAAAAGUUUCGCAAAAAUGUCCUCUCAGCCCUCACUCCUCGCCGCUACGGCCAAGCUCAACAAUGGCCUCAUCAUUCCCCGCAUCCAACUUGGUCUUUACAUGAUGUCCACCAAAGAAGCCACCGAUGCAGUUCGCCAAGGUCUCCUCACCGGCUACCGCGGUUUCGACUGCGCGCAGAUGUACCACAAUGAGCGCCAAGCCGGUAAGGCCAUCAGCGACUUUCUCGCCAGUAGUGAGAACGCGGCUGGUUUGAAGCGCGAGGAUAUUUGGUACACUUCCAAGCUCGCCAGCUGCGACGAGUCGUAUGAUGCUGUGCGACGAUCUGUCAAGAAAUCUGUCGAGGCUUCAGGCUUGGGAUACAUUGACUUGUUCCUUCUUCAUAGUCCAUACGGUGGGAAGACAGCAAGACUUACGAGCUGGAAGGCGCUGGAGGAUGCCGUUGAUGCGGGUGAGAUUCGUUCUGCUGGCGUCAGCAACUUUGGCUCUGCUCAUAUCCAGGAACUCAUGGCCUCCAACCCUCGCAUCCCGCCCGUGAUCAACCAGAUCGAAGUUCACCCUUUCAACACCCAAGAAGAAAUCCGCGCCACUUGCGCCGAACAUAACAUCGCCAUCGAGGCCUACGCUCCUCUCGCUCGCGCUGAGCGCAUGGAUCACCCUGCCAUUGUCAAAAUGGCCAAGAAGUACUCCGUCACACCUGCCCAAAUAUUUGUCAAGUGGGGGCUUCAACAUGACUUCAUCACUCUUCCCAAGAGUACUAAGCAGAAGCGUAUGAUCGAGAACGCAAGCGUUGAUGGAUUUGAGAUUUCGGAGGAUGAUAUGAAGGAGCUGGAUGGUUUGGAUGAGCAUUUGGUUACUGACUGGGACCCCACGGACGCGCCAUGAAUUUGAACUCGCUCGACACAUACAAAUACAACUAUAUUACAAAGAGGCAUUCAUCUUGUUGUUGCGGAGAGAUCUUCAUUCACAGUUGAUAUGUUUUCAGUCCUGAACUUUGAACUGCAUGGGAGGGAUUCGUACAAAAUGCUCAUGAAUAUGUGACAAGAAAUAGAUACGUAGAAAGGAUACGGCCAGGACUCAUGGAGAUGUCGCAGUGUGCCAAUAAAAUACAAACUAUUCUUGCGAUAGACGGCGUGGCGAUGUUGAAUCUGGUGAUACCGUUUGUGGUGUUUCGCCACGACAACAAAGCGGAUAUCAUGCCUCGCACCCACGCUAUGGGGAUAAGUCUAGUCACGAUAGACUGAAGGUAAUGAACAAUAAGAGAGAAACCAUUAAUUCUACUGGUGCAGAGCUUUUCAAAGUGUCCAGGCAAUUGGGCAGUGCGGCGAUUCCCCCACUAUU